AUGUACAACAGCGCCCAACAGCAACAACAACGCGCGACAGUAACAACAACCGCCACAGCAGCGGGUUCAACAACGCGCGACUACAGCAACGCCGCCGCCAUAGAAGCGGGUGCAACACGCGCUACAGGAACAACAGCAACAACACGCGACAGUUACAAUGACGCGCUACAGCAACAACAGCAACAACAACGCGCGAACGUAAUAACAACCGCCACAGCAGCGGGUUCAACAAUGCGCGACUACAGCAACAACGAGCGACAGUUACAACAACCCGCGAGAGCAACAACAAGGCGCGAAUCCAACAACGCGCGACAACGACAACAGGCGCGAAAGGAACAACACGCCACAAUGACAGCCACGACAACGGUGCGCGAAAGCAACAACAACGCGCGAUUACAGCAACAAAGCACGACAUCAACGACGCGCGACAGCAACACCCCGCCACAGCAGCGGGUUCAACAACGCGCGACUAUAACAACGACAACCGCCAAAGCAGCGGUCACCACAGGAGCGACAACAACGCCGCUAUAG